CUCAGGAUUGAUUUCACUAAAGAGAAAGAAGAGGGAUUAAUGAUUUUAAUCUCAGAUUUAACUAAACUUAAUGCCUAUAUGUACGUUCCAGUAUUGAUCUCUGAAAAUUCAGGGAUGUUUGGUCACUUUGGGACAAAGAAACUUAACAUUAUACCAAUCAUAGGAUUGGCAGUACCUCUAACAACCACUGUGGCAAUCACUUUUAUAGUGCUCCUCUUCAAGCUUAAAAGAAAACCACCGUCAAGUUUGAAGUCUCUAAACUUCCAUCUAACUAGAAAGAACGGUAAAAGAGUUGAGGCAUUCAUUCUCCAGUAUGGUUCUUUUGCUCCCAAGAGAUUUUCAUAUUCAAACAUCAAGAAAAUAACCAACUUAUUCAAAGAUAAAUUGGGUCAAGGAGGAUAUGGGAGCGUAUAUAAAGGAGAAUUACCUGAUGGCCGUAUUGUGGCAGUAAAAGUUCUCAGUAAAUCCAAAGGGGAUGGACAGGAUUUCAUCAAUGAAGUUGCUAGCAUUAGCAGAACCUCCCAUGUUAAUAUUGUCACCCUAUUGGGGUACUGUUAUGAGAGCUCGAAAAGAGCUUUGAUUUAUGAAUUCAUGCCCAAUGGAUCCCUGGAUAAGUUCAUUUAUAAUCAAGGAUCUCCAGAGAAUCAUCAGCUUGCAAUUAAGACUUUGUAUGACGUAGCACUAGGCAUUGCUCUAGGGCUAGAAUACUUGCAUCGAGGUUGUACCACAAGGAUUUUACACUUUGACAUAAAACCUCAAAACAUCCUCUUAGAUGCCAACUUCUGUCCUAAGAUAUCUGAUUUUGGUCUUGCCAAAUUAUGUGAAACAAGAGACAGUGUUGUUUCAAUGACGGGGGCCAGAGGAACUUGUGGAUAUAUUGCUCCAGAGGUAUUUUGUCGAAACUUUGGAGGAGUAUCUUACAAGUCUGAUGUCUAUAGUUAUGGCAUGAUGAUGCUGGAAAUGAUUGGGGGAAGAAUAAAAAAUGUUAAUGUGGAAGUGUCUCACUCCAGUGAAAUGUAUUUUCCAACAUGGCUAUGUAAGCAGCUUGAAAAAUCAGAAAAAUUAAAUCUUGACAGAAUCAUAGAUGAUGAGGAAGAAGAAAUGACUAGGAAGAUGAUAGUAGUGAGCCUUUGGUGCAUUCAAACAAUUCCAUCAAACAGACCAUCAAUGAAUAAGGUGCUUGAGAUGUUACAAGGAAGCCUCGAAGCUUUGCCACUUCCACCAGAACCUAUGUUGUCUUCUCCUGCAGCAAUGUCACUCCAAAACUCGAACACCACAUCCUCAGUCAUAAUGCAGGUGGUUCCAAGCACUGCUGAGACGAAUUCACAACUUGAUGAUGAUGACGUAUCUUCAAAUACGUAGAAAUGGUGUCUGCUGCAUUUUUUUUAACAGUAGAACAAAGUUUUUUUACAAGAAGUCAAACAUCCCCCUUAGAUGGUAUUCAAAAGUUCAGCAUAGUUUUCCCUGUAUUUUCUUAAUCCUCCAGUCUUCAGCAUGUAAGUUAUGUAACACUCGAUGGACCACUGUGAAAUCAUCCCCAUUCUCCAAGAAUAACACUCCUUUGGUUUGUUCAUCCAAUCAGUCAAUGAAAAACAGCAAUUUUU